GUUUGCUUACAAGGCAGUCGCAAAGUAAGGAACCUGAAAGAACCCAAUUUGAAAAAAAAUAAAGACUAACACCCGAUGCACAGAGAAAGGGGGGAAGAAGACAGGCCAUGCAAACAAUAGAAGAUGGAUGCAGGUUUCCCUCUGGUGAUAAACUGCAGUACUUCAGCACAUAACGAUGCCAAGAAAAGGAAAAUGGUGAGCUGAAAACACUGAACUGCAUACCUCACAAUAUGGAAAAAACACUGAACUGCAGUGCUGUCUGCAGCUCUGCACACUGCGCCGUUGAUCCAGGCCUGAGGACGGAAGAUGGCAUGCAACUUCUACAGCAACUAUGUAAAUUCCAAAUAAAGAUGAUGUCUGAAGCCGAACAUGUCUCCCCUGUAUUAUUUGGAAUGAUGGGCACUUUGUUAUCAUGUGGAAUUCUACUGGCUCUCUUUUUUCUCCUCUUCACCAUCAAAUUCAAAAAUAAUAGGAUUGUGAAAAUGUCCAGCCCAAACCUCAACAUUGUAACCAUUAUUGGAAGUGUUUUUACUUAUGUCAGUGGUUACACGUUUGGACUUGAAGAAAGGGCAGCUACAGCAGAAAUAUCAAACAAGCUGAUCUUUCAGAUUCGCAUCUGGGCACUUUGCAUUGGAAUCUCUUUGAUAUUUGGACCCAUAUUGGGGAAGACCUGGCGGCUCUACAAAAUUUUCACACAACGAAUCCCUGAGAAGAGAGUGAUAAUCAAAGACAUUCAAUUAUUGGGAAUGGUAGCUGGAGUAAUUGGCUUGGAUAUACUGGUUCUGCUGACAUGGGGCAUUGCUGAUCCACUGGAAUGUAUUCAGUCCUUAAACGCAGAAAUAAGGGCAAUUGAAAAAACUCUUUCUUACUCUGCCACAAUGAUGAAAAGUUGUGCUUCUCAUUACACAGACAUCUGGAUUAUUCUCAUUUCACUUCUGAAGGGAAGUCUUCUGCUAUAUGGCACAUAUUUAGCUGGUUUAACUAGCAAAGUCAGCUCUCCCCCUGUAAACCAGACCAUCAUCAUCAUGGUGGGAGUUUACUUGGUCAUGUUCACUACAGGAAUAAUCAUUCCUGUUACCAGAUUCUUGGAUUCUUGGCCCAAUCUAACCUAUGGUUUUACAGCAGGUGGAAUAUUUGUAUGUACCUCAGUCAUCAACUGUCUCAUCUUCAUUCCACAGGUCAGACAGUGGAAGAAAUUUGAUGAAGAAUUAAACCAUACAUCUAAUCAAAUGUCGAAAUAUUUCAAUAGUCCCAGCAAGACUUUUCGUUCCAUGUACAGUGAUGAGCAGAUCUAUCACCUGCUUGGAGAGAAUAAUUCCAUGAAGCGUCUUCUCACUGAGAAAAAUGCAACAAUUGAAUGUUUACAGGAGCAGGUAAAUAAUGUGAAAGAGAGAUUGAUGUAUUUAAUGGCACCAGAAUGCAUCGAUGGGCUUGGAGAUCCGACAUCACAAUCUAGCACUGCUUGCUGCCCUUUGAUAAAUUCUGAGGUCAGGUGUCCCAACAUAGCAACAGAAGAUCUAUUGAAAGAGGACUCUUUGUCAGAUAUACAGAAAAAUCAAGAUUGCCUCUCUGGAUUACAGCAAAAUAUUAAACCUGUGUCACCGCAAAGUAGUCUGGGACAAACCUUUCAUGACACCAAGAUUAGCCCCAAAACAGUUCUGAAUUCCCAGAAGGAUCUAGCAGACUUAAUAGAUUCUCAAGAUUUGUACGAAGAAACUAAGAACAAAGCAAAUCCUGAGACUAUUACAGGGUCUUUCCAAAAGUCACUUGAUGCCUCAAAAAUAAAAUUAGUUAAUCAGUGCAACCCGAACAGCCAUGUGAAGAUCAUUCAGGGCCCCACGGAUGAAAUGCUGGCCUUUUCUACAGUCCAGCCAUCAAUUAAAGCUGAGAAAGCUGAGGAUCCAAUAAAAGAGAUUAAAACCAAAUUUGUGAACAGUGAGAAACUGCAAGAGAUUCUGCAAGAGUUGAAUGUCAAUGCUAUCUAUUCACCAGACAGAGCAAGACAGAUCCUACCAGCCCGAAACGUUGAACAGUAUGGUAGGACAACGCAGUGGCUGAAACACCACUGCCAUAAUAUUUCUCCAUAUACAAUGAGGCGAAGAAGACCACCUUCUUAUUCAACAAGGAGUGUACACCCUCCGUAUUUUUUCCAAUAUUUAUCACCUCAUUAUACAAAGUAUAUCAAUGAAGAAUCGAAUAGGGAUACAAUAAAGUCACUGUCUACUGAUUAUAGUCAAUUUCAAAGAACUCAACACAAAAUACUAACUGAUGAAAGUGGGUCCAGCAGUCUAUCAACUUCAUGGUUAGUGAAGAAAAUGCAAGUACAGCCUAAUGGCUGUAAAACACCAAAAAAAAUGGAGCAAAGAGAUGGAUAUGUCCACUCCCUGACUUCAGAAGGAGAAUGUAUUAACAAAUCCCAUUCAGGUCUAAACAAAUACUUAUCCUCAAAAGAAAAGGGCAUAGUUUGUGAAGAGGGAUCUCCUGAAAUAUACCAAUAUGAUUACUCAGACUCAGAAUCAAACAGCUCAGAUGAAACAUUGUGCUAUUACCGCAGGCCAUGUUGUGAAAUGUGUUGUGAAGGCUCCUGCAAUUCUAGUACUUCAGAAACUUCAGACAGCGAGGAAUAUAACACAUUCAAUUGGUCUCAAAAAUAUUUUCAUAACCAUCCAAUUGUUAAUUUUAAAGAGGACUUAAAACCCACAUUUGUAUGAUCUUUCUAAAAGUCUUAAAAUGUCUUCAAAUCCGCCAAUUUGUUGCUGGCUGUCUUUAAAGAGGAUGGUAUUGUUUUCUUGGAAUAUUUAAUUUAUUUUCUUUUCUAUCAGUAAUAUAGUUAUAUAAUUAUAAUAAGGUCAUCCAUAGGGAUUUCUGGGUAGCAGGACACCAACCCUUAUAUAAUAAAGAAAA